AUUACAGGUUAUGUGCGUACUGCUGAGUGUGGGGCUGGUGGCAGGAGCUCGUCCCAGGCCGCGGCUGCAGCAGCCCAUCCAGGAUGAAUACGACUACGAACCGCAAGCUCAGGACCGCGCCGCUGGAGACCAGGUGGUGCUAGUAGCUGCGGAUUCUUACGACGGUUUGUACCGCGCCGCGGACAGACUGGACGACGAGUACGAGCCCCGCGCCCUGCCGCGUCAUCAACCCAGGCUGAAGCAGCAGCAGCAGAUCCAGGAAGGACCCAAGCAGCCGCCCGUACAGACCAUCAGGAACUACAACAAGGUUAAUGACGAUGGUAGUUUCACAUUCGGCUACGAGGCUGCUGAUGGAUCUUUUAAAGAAGAAACCCGUGGAACUGACUGCGUUGUGCGCGGCAAAUACGGAUACGUCGACCCCGACGGCAACAAACGAGAGUUCACCUACGUGUCGGGCAACCCUUGCGACCCCAACAAACCUGAUGAGGAAGAACCAGAGGCCGCAGCUCCUGACUCUGCAGAAAGAGAUGACCCCGAACCCAACUACCCCAGACGACCAAUUGCGGCUCCCAGGCCAACGACCCCACGACCCCCUACGACCUUCUUCCAGAACGACUUCCAAGACGCUGAUGAAGACGAAGUUGAAGAGGAGCCCCUGCAGCAUAUCAGACAGAGAGUGGUUCAACGCCCACAGCCCGCGAGGAGACCUGCCUACCAAGCUCAGCCUAUUGCUAUCACUCCCCGCCCUGUGCAAGUCACAACACCUAGAACUCUGCCCCCAGCGACCACGUUCAGGCCACAGCUCGUCCAAGUGACCGCCAAACCUCAAAUCCAAUACAGCCCACAACCCAACUACUCACCUUCUCCCGCUCCCGCUGUAAUUACCACCGCCAGCCCCUCCAGGCCGAGCCAGAUUGACUUCGCUGCCGAAUUUGCCAAAUUCCACCGUGAGAACCAACAACUGCAAUCGACUACAUCUGCUGGCGCCAGUCCCACAAAGGCCACUUCUCUUGCCUCACCAUCUCCUAGUGGCAACCCUCUGUAUUCUACCGAGCUGGUAUAUGAUCCCUCAAGCGGCUCUUACAACACUCAACUGUAUCAGAGCUUACCUCAAACUAAGGGAGAACUGAACUUGAACCAGAGACUGCAGCCCUACGUGGCCACCCAGCAGCAGCAGCCGAGGCCGUUCGUGCCCUCUCCCCAGAUCCCGUCAGUCCCUACAGCUGCUGCUCCCAGCGGGCCUCUUUUCAGACACCAGAUUCAGAACCCACAGCAAGUGUACCAGAGGCAGCAGGCUGAGAACCAGUUCCAGAACUCGCAGCAGUUGUUCGCUCAGCAACAGCAGCUGCAGCAGAGUCAACUGCAGAGAGACCGUGCGGCCGCGCGGGCGCAGGCUCAGAGACUACAGAUAGCGUCACAAGUACAGGAGGGUGCCCCCGGACAGUUCUACUACGUGGCGCCCCGCGGGGAGUCCGCGUCCUCGGGACAGAUCGACGCCUUCCUCAGAGGGCACGGCAUCCAGUUUUAG